GCUGAUUGGGUUUCAGUCUCGAACACAAACAGUACGCGACAACACGAGCAAUUUCCUAGUUUGAAAUGCAAUUUAAAUUUAAGUUGCUACUGAUUUCUCUUUGCCUGCUGUGUACUCAAGUGCUAGGCCAAGAUGUUAGACCCGAAUUUCCAGAGGAUUUUCCAACGACCACAAUAGAAGCAGACACGGAGUUGCCAACCACAACGGGGUCGAGCGUAGAGCUGCCUUCAGAACCUGCAACAACCUCAACUGAAUAUUUGACGACUACAACUAAAGUUAUGACAACAAUCCCAACACCUACAACUGAACCUAUAACAACAACCACAACUGAAGCUGCUGAGGAACCUGUCCCAACCACAACAGAGUUACCUGAAAUAUCUUCGACGCCGCCCGUUAUCCCCUCUUGGCCCCCUGGUGGUCCUUAUUUCUAUCCAACCCACGCUCCAGCCACAAGGCCACCUCAUUUCACACCCACUUAUCAUUGGCUAUGGGAUCUGUACGAGAGUGAGGAGGUGCCCCGCUGCUAUCUGAGAGAGCAAACAGAGCAGAGCAGAGUUCGCUGGGGUUGUGGUUAUUCAAGAUCAUUACACAUAAUCAGCUGUUAUCGCUGUUGUUAUUACGGCAACAGCAGAUUCGCAGGUUGCACCAAAUUGCACAGUGGAGUCUGUCAUGCUCAGAGUUCAGCCUGGCAGAUUUGACAUUAAAAUGGGUAUUUCCCAUUCAUAAAAAACGACAAAAUUUUGAUGAGUUUUACGAUGAGAAUGCUGUGCUUAGGCUUAUCAAUAUAAAAUGCGUUUUGAGCUUUAUAAUGUGUACAUAUAAAUAUCAUGAUCAUCUAUUUCAUUUCAGAAGAGAGAAUUUAAAUAAAUAUAUUAAAUGGUUGUAGUUCUCACCGAGGGAUUCUGUAGAAAUAUAUUUAAAUUUUUAUACACGUGCCUGCAGAAUAUGUAUUUAUCAGGCGUAAGGAGUCAUCUUCGACCUUACAAAAUAUAUAUAUUAUAUUUC